AUGAAGUCCUCUAGCAUUGUAGCUUGUAUCCUAGGAUAUACCUCAGUUCUUACCGUUGCUGAAGUGAAUUUCGCUGUCAGCCUAACCCCAUUACCGGGUAAGGAAGAUGCUGCAUCGAAUUUCCUAGCAAAGACUAUCGACGACUUCCAUCAAAUCAAGCCUAUUGGCCAAACUGAACUCUUUGCAUUCAAAAAUCUUGAUGGCCGAUUGAUCGGUAUUGAACAGUACACCGAUGAACAGGCAGCCUUGAACUGGGUCUUCAACAAAACCCAUGUUGAUGCCUGCCUUCCCAUGUUUGGGCUAUUCGACGUGCUUUCUAUGCAAGUCUUAACCGACGCCUCAUUGAACACCCAGCAUGCUUUUACUAAAGCAUUGACAACAAAGCCAAGUUAG